AUGGAACAUGCAUUGGAAGGUCUUGAGUUUAGUUCAGAGUAUCCUUUCACCGAACUGGCAAUGUGUGUUGGAUUUUUCAUGAUUCUAAUGCUUGAGCAUAUUGCUCACAAGUGUUGCUCUUCUAAUACGACAUCUCGCCCAAUUCGUCCAGACAAUGACCCCAGAUCAAAAGAACGAAAUUCCAUGUCAGAAUCAGCCCGUGCAGAUGUGGCAGUAAGUUACAAGAUAGUGAGUGGGAAAAGAUAUAAAGGGCUGUAUAUAAAAGACCCUAUACAAGUAGCAAGUGAUUUAGAAGAUUCUUCGUACCAUGACGACAUGACGUAUCAAACAUAUGGCGCGGUGGACGAAUCGGUCGACAGCCCGACAAAAAGACCUUAUUCAGAAGUUAGAAAUGACUCUGCAAAUUCUAAAAUGAAAGAAGUUGUAUUUCAAGACAGUGAUAGAAUUCUAAUAAGAAAUGCAAAAGUUGCAAAAGAAGUCCAUAUCAAAUCGACAAAUGAAGCUCUUACAGAAGUCAGAGAUUCCGCAGACGAUAAUCGUGAUCCUACAAGGUCAAGGUUACGAGGUCUUGUGCUAUUAAUAGCAUUAUCUUUACACAUGAUUUUUGACGGUCUCGCACUUGGGCUUUUAAAAGAUGAUUCUAAAGUUUACGAGCUUCUAGCAGCCCUGUGUUUACACAAAGUUCUUGUAUUCUUCACAAUCGGGGUUCAAACUUUAGAGCUCCUUGCCUCCGUCAAGAAAACCAUUUGUGUCAUUGUAGUUUUCGCUUUAAUGAGUCCAUGUGGUGUUAUAAUAGGUGAAAGUAUUAAUCUUUCUGGCGAAUCAGAAGCGAAAGAUUUAUCGUCUGCCAUAUUGCAGGGCAUUGCAACCGGUACUUUUCUGUUUGUCACGUUCUUCGAGAUUUUACAACGUGAGUUGGGAUCCGGUGACCAUGACAUUUUUAAAGUGUUCACGACUAUUUUCGGAUUUGCGCUUAUUGCUUGUACACGGUUGCUUGAACACGAAGAAUAA